CCCAGGGCCUUGCGCUUGCUAGGCAAGUGCUCUACCACUGAGCUAAAUCCCCAACCCCUGUACCUAGCUUCUUAACAGGAGUAAAAUGAAUUCCAUUCCUGUGUUUGUAAGGCAAACUCUUUACUGAUAAACCAUGUCCCCCGCUUCACUGCUACCUCACAUAGUGUUCAAUGCUAGUACAUUGAGGAACGCUGUUACUGAGUAGCCUUAAUAGCUCGCAUACACUUAAAGAUCUUUUAAAAGUGGUGUCUGUGCUGGUUCACACUGCUAGGAUGCAUGCACGGGUUCCUAGUGGUUAUUUUCCAAGUUUUACUGUGUCCAGAGCAUUACUUCAGUGCGUGGGAAUUUACCAUCAAGUCACUUUUAAUAACUCCAUAUACUAAAGGGAUUUGGACUUCCUUGUAAUCAUGCCCUACUCUUUCCAUUUCCAAGAUCACAUUUCUUUAAGAAGAGUGGCACUAAAAUCAAAAUGGAAACUUGUACUUUUUCACUGUUCUCCUUUAUUUUCUUUGGCUAUUUGAAAUAAAAGUCUGGUCACAUACCCGCAGCUGUCCUGGAACUUGCUGGGGUGAUAGCUACUGACUCUGAUUACAGAUGUGCACCACCAUGCUUUUUAUCCAUCUCUCUAAAAACAAUAGUGUUCUUCCUACUUUCAGUGUGUGUGCUAGGAAUAUCUUUAGAUCAACCUAUGUUCUUUUUGAUUCAGUCCUGGCUUUAAUUUUAGUCAUAACUUCCCCUGUCUUUACUGUCUCUUUAAAAUCUUUUUACAGAGCUUUCAUCAUUUGGCUGAACACAUGAUACAUGUUACAGACCCAGAGAGGGGGGUGAUAAAACAAAGCUAGAAUGAUCUGAGAAGGCCUCCUAAGAUUAGACGUGCAAAGAUAGGUGGGCAGGAGCAAGUCAGGCAAGGUGGCCAGGAAAAGUAGUGGUUGGAAUAGAGAAGUUUGAUAGGAGCCAGCUGACUGAUAGCAAGAGUAGUAGAGUAGUAGACAAGGCAAUGUGUGUGGUUUGUUUUAAAAAAAAAAAAAAAAGCUGCAGAUUAAAACGCCUAGAGUUGUUCUGUAAGGUUUAGCAGGUAAAAAGCACAGACUUGGUGACUUUGGUUAAAUCUCUAGAACACACAUGGAAAUGGAAAGCCCAGUGUGAUGGCUUGUGUCUUAAUCCCAACAUUCCUUUAGUUAGAUGGAAGGCAGAGGUGAAGAAUCAGGAGGAAGCUGACCAGCUAGCUAACCUGGAGUACACAAGUACAACAGAAACAAGACAGCCCUUACCUCAACAAGGUGAGGGGGCGUGGCAUGGUAAAAUGAAUAAAGAGGCUGGGAUUGGGCUGGAACUUUGUUUUAUCUCGACUAUAAGUUCAUAGUUCCCUAACUUUUAAAACUACUGUUGUUUGUAACUGGCUCAGCUAAGUGUUCCUCUCACUCUGGAUCAAAUGUUAACUCCAUAGGCCAAUUCUAAAGGGAAUAUAGACAAGUGGUGCAUAGUCACAUUUACUUUAAGUUAGUUUUUCAAAAGCUAUUUCUUUGAGUAAGUGAACAUUUUUCUUUUUUCUUUUUCUUUUUUUCGGAGCUGGGGACCGAACCCAGAGCCUUGCGCUUGCUAGGCAAGUGCUCUACCACUGAGCUAAAUCCCCACCCCCGUUGGCUCGAAAACAGAAGUUGCUGAGUGCAAGGAAAAGUUUGCUUCCUCUAAAGACCCCACCAUCAGCCAGACUUUCAUGCUGGACAGGAUGUUCAACCCUGAGGGGAAGGCAUUGCCCCCAAUGCGGGGUUUCAAAUACACUAGCUGGUCUCCCAUGGGUUGUGAUGCAAAUGGCAGGUGCCUCUUGGCAGCGCUGACCAUGGACAAUCGCCUGACCGUGCAGGUAAACCUCAACAGACUCCAAUGGGUUCAGCUGGUUGAUCUGACUGAGAUUUAUGGAGACCGUCUUUAUGAGACCAGUUAUAGACUGUCUAAAAAUGAGGCUCCUGAGGGAAACCUUGGGGAUUUUGCUGAGUUUCAGAGGAGACACAGCAUGCAGACCCCAGUCAGAAUGGAAUGGUCGAGUAUCUGUACCACUCAGCAGGUCAAGCACAACAACGAGUGCCGGGAUGUGAGCAGCGUGCUCCUGGCCGUCCUCUUUGAGAACGGGAAUAUAGCUGUGUGGCAGUUCCAGCUGCCGUUUGUGGGCAAGGAGUCCAUCUCUUCGUGCAACACUAUUGAGUCAGGAAUCAGCUCCCCCAGUGUCUUGUUUUGGUGGGAAUAUGAGCACAGCAAUAGGAAGAUGAGUGGCCUUAUUGUAGGCAGUGCUUUUGGACCCGUAAAAAUUCUCCCUGUCAAUCUCAAAGCAGUCAAAGGCUACUUUACUUUACGGCAGCCUGUUGUCUUGUGGAAAGAGAUGGACAAGUUGCCUGUGCACAGCAUCAAAUGUGUGCCACUUUAUCACCCUUACCAGAAGUGUAGCUGUAGCUUAGUGGUGGCCGCAAGAGGCUCCUAUGUGUUCUGGUGUCUUCUUCUGAUCUCCAAGGCGGGUCUGAAUGUUCACAAUUCCCACGUCACAGGCCUUCACUCGCUGCCCAUCGUCUCCAUUACCGCAGACAAGCAGAACGGAACCGUGUACACCUGCUCUAGUGACGGAAAGGUGAGGCAGUUGAUUCCCAUCUUCACAGAUGUUGCAUUAAAAUUUGAACACCAGCUGAUUAAGCUCUCAGAUGUAUUUGGCUCAGUGAGGACUCACGGCAUUGCAGUGAGCCCCUGUGGUGCUUACCUGGCCAUCAUCACCACUGAGGGCAUGGUCAAUGGCCUCCAUCCAGUGAACAAGAACUACCAGGUUCAGUUUGUUACUCUCAAGACCUUUGAAGAGGCAGCUGCUCAGCUCUUGGAGUCUUCAGUUCAGAAUCUCUUUAAGCAGGUAGACUUGAUUGACUUAGUCCGCUGGAAAAUUUUAAAAGAUAAACAUAUUCCUCAGUUUUUACAUGAAGCUUUGGAAAAAAAGAUUGAAAGCAGUGGGGUUACCUAUUUUUGGCGUUUUAAGCUUUUCCUCCUAAGGAUUUUGUAUCAGUCAAUGCAGAAAUCCCCAUCCGAGGCCUUAUGGAAACCCACCCAUGAGGACUCAAAAAUCUUACUGGUUGACUCACCUGGGAUGGGCGAUGGUGAGGAUGAGCAGCAAGAGGAAGGUACUUCCAAGCAGGGGACGAAGGCUGGCCUGCAGGAGAAGAGCAAAGAGGGUGGUGACACGGAGGAGACUCCUGAGGAUUCACUCACUGCCGUGGGAGACACCGGAGGCCGUGAACCCAUAGAGGAGAAGCUCCUUGAGAUCCAAGGGAAGAUUGAGGCUGUGGAGAUGCACCUGACCAGGGAGCACAUGAAGCGGGUCCUCGGAGAAGUGUACCUGCACACCUGGAUCACGGAGAACACCAGCAUCCCCACCAGAGGGCUCUGCAACUUUCUCAUGUCUGAUGAAGAUUAUGAUGACAGAACAGCACAGGUCUUGAUUGGACAUAUCUCCAAGAAGAUGAACAAGCAGACCUUCCCUGAGCGCUGCAGUCUGUGUAAGGAGAUCUUACCAUUCACAGAUCGCAAGCAAGCUGUUUGUUCCAAUGGGCACAUCUGGCUCCGGUGCUUUCUAACCUACCAGUCCUGCCAGAGCUUGAUCUACAGGCGGUGUUUGCUCCAUGACAGCAUCGCCAGGCACCCUGUUCCAGAAGAUCCUGACUGGAUUAAGAGGUUGCUGCAGAGUCCUUGUCCUUUCUGUGAUUCUCCUGUCUUCUGAGUUCGGUGAGGAGGAUGCGGGAACAUGAAGUUGGCUAAAGAGAGUGCCCUGAAGCCUGAAGAGCAGGUGCGCUGGAGAGAGCCUGGCGCUGCUCAGUGGAGAGACACUCUGCUAACUGGAAGGGGGAGGUCAUCCUAGGAGCUCAUUUCACCAGCACACACACCGUCUUCACGUACUGAAGGCGAUCUUGUAAAUGACUAGAUUCAGAGAGUUGAGUCAUGUAAGGGGAGCAUUAGCCGUCCCCAGCUCCCCACCUGGUGAGGACCACUUGCUUCCCAAGUGUCUUGCCUAAAGCAGCUUGAGCAGAAGCCUUCUGCUUCUAGAACGCAAAGGUCUCUUCUAGAGAAUCUAAGGACCUUCUCGUGAGUUAGGUUUUCGUCCUUGCUUUGUUCUGGGACUGCCUGUAGCUCCAGAGGGCUUACAUUGGUUGGUACAUGCAUGACACUGCGUAUGCCAAUACACCUUCAAGUGUAUGAGGCCAGCUGUUUGUGGCUGGUGUGUGCUCAGCAGACUCAUUGCCCAUUGACUGGUUUUCACUCAUAUGGAAGACAUUUUCCUAAAACUAUAUUUUUGAAGCCAAGAAUAGAAUCAUCUUAAUGUAUCAAAUGAUCAGGUGACUAUUAGAAGUUAAUAAUUGUCAUCUAGUUUUAUCUCCUGUGUCAUCAGAUUUCCUGUCCCGGCUCUUUAGUGUGUAAGAGGAGAUUAAGUACCCCGGCCCUCAUCACAGCUCCACUUCAUGCCCAUGUGGUAACCUAGAUAUUUGUACAUACGGGGGAAAUGUUGUCUCCUUUUAGUAUUAAAUCAAAGCUUCAGUAUUUCUAACACUGACGUAUCCCGACAUCUCACUGAGUAUUGGGGGAAGGCUGGUCUAGAGACCUCUGGAGAAGGCUGGUCUAGAGAAAGAUGGAGAAAGGUGGAGUGGAGGUCCUUGAGCUCUGUGCUACAAGCAUGUGCAGCUCAAGUGGAAAGCCUAAGAAUUUCCUCUCUUGCCAAAGGCCCUCCAUCUUUGGAAUACAGGUAUUUUUCUGUGGGCUUAAGGAGGAGACACGCACUAUCAGUUGGCUGCUAGCUCUUCGCUGAGACCUGAAGCAUUCUGGAAUGGUGGUCUGGGGUCAUCAGAGUAAGUCUCCUAGGAUUGGUGCUAAUGACUUGGACUGCAGUGCACACAUUCUGAAGCUGUGCGGUUGGAGAGUGAGGCGGAAACUAGAGAGCAUGAAAUGCUUUACUCCUUGAUGAUCCUUUUUUAAUCAUUAUUAUUAUUAUUAUUUUAACAUACUUUCCCACUUUGAUUUUAUAUCCUUGGCAAAAGACAUUUCGUGGUCCUCACUUCAGAAAUGAUGUCUUAGUACUUGGGUACCACCACGAGAGACAGACCACAUGCCACCCUGCCACACUUCCUGCCCUGAAAAGUAGCUGCACACUGGGCACAGACCCUAAGACGCUUCCAGAAGCUGCUCUGAAAUUUCCUAUUAAGGUUCUUUCCCUGUGCCAUGUGUCUAAUGGAUUGUUUGUUGGGGUCUUUAAUGUCCUGACAUAGGGUUGUUUCAAGAACAGCGUCUAUCCAGACUUGAGGGGCAGCAAGGACAGAGCCCUGAGUGACCCAGUUUAGACUCUGCAUGGCUGCAGCUGAGCCCGCAGCUGUCACUCCUCAGAGGAAGAAGACGGCAGGAGUGGCGAUGGUAUUGAUGGUUGUUCCUUCUGUGUCUACCAUGCAUGCCAAGCUUCCUUUCUCUUACUCUUGGAUCAGUCUCCCUCGGUGUCCUCAGAGACUUCGUGAGAACUUAGAACCUGCGGUUCUUUAACAUUUUAACAAUUAGAAAUUACAAAACAAUUUCCAGGGUCUGUACUUGUGUACAGGAAGAAACGUGGCAACUGGAACACAAGUGUUCAGCAAGAGGCCUGUCCCUGCAGCAUUCUUAGGACUCUGAAAUCUAGCCACAGCCAGUAGGAAUCUCUCACACAUACACACACACACACACACACACACACACACACACACACACACACACACACACACACACACACUGAUGUUACUCUUCAGAGCUGGUGAACAAGAGAAUUUGUGGUUGAUGGUAGCCUCCUGCAAGGGUCUGUAUAUAGGACCAUGGAGGGUUGAUGGAGAAAAGUGGGAGUGAUCCCAGCGUCUUGUCCCGCUUCCAGCUUGUGCUGCUUGGGGGAGGAGUUGAGGUCUCUUUCAGUUGCAGCUGUAGUAGCUGUUUCAGCAGGGAGAGGAAAAGUAGCCAUCAGAUUGCUGGCCUGCAUUUAGAAGACUAGAGCAGAGAUUCCACAGAGACCUUACUGCAGCACUGCUGGGUACCAGGCUCCGUGCCUGGGGCUGUUUGUUACUCUAGGUAGGAAUAGGCAGCUUGUUGUGGUUGCCGUUCGUACUGAUGUCCUGAUAUGUUCACCCAGACUCUCUACCUCCUACCAGAUCCGCCAGAAGCUGUCAUGAGUACCAGUGACGUUUAUGGUCAGUCGUAACAUUGUUCUGCUUGUCCCUCUGGGGUCUAGCAAGUUUUUAAGAACAUGUGUGUGGAAGCAUGUAGGCCGAACCUAGCAAUAACCUUACCAAGUGAACUAAUUAGACUGGGAAAGGUAUUCUGUUUGUUCUGUCUGGUUUUUGAGACAGGGUCCCACUAUGCUGUAGCUCUGGCUGCCCUGGAACUCUUGUGGACCAGGCUGCCAUUGAACUCAUAUCUGCCUGCCUCUGCCUCCAAUAUGGGAAAGUUUUAGGGGUUAGUAAUUAUUAAGUCAUUUGAUUGGUUAUAUUGGUAUCAGAUAAGGUGCAGACCUGGCAGAGGCUAAAUAACCUGGGGAGCUGAGCACCUACAGCUCCUGAAAUAGCUCAGGUUUACCUUCCCUUCCCCAAGAGGCAGCUCCCAGCAUGAGGAUGCAUUCAGGGCCAGGAAAAUAGAUAGUGAUAUAAAUUUCUAACGGCCAGGCCAUGUGGGUCUUCCUAGAAAACAGCAGUGAGCAUCUCGUGGGCAGAGGGCCGCGGAACUCGGGGCUGACUGCAGCUUCAUGCCACCACAGUGUCAGUUGUCUGAGCUGAGUGGAGUACAGUCAGUCAGAUGCACAGAGUUCUCACACAGCACACCUUGGACUUAGCCACAGCUAGUCACUUAUGGUGUGGCAGUCUGCAAAACCUCAGCAGCCUACCUCCCCCUGGAGGAUUGGCUUGGAAGGACACCCGGUAGGGUGCAAGGAAACAGAUAGUCUGGCUUUACUUAUGGAGAAGCCCUAGUGGACGCUGAGGUACACUUUAGAGUAUACCUCAGACUGGCGUGGUUAGUUCUUAUCUACUCUUUGUUGAAGCUAAGAAGUUCUUGAAGGUAAAUCUGCUUAGAGUCUGCUGCUCAACCUGAGUGCUUAGUAGAUAAAAUGUCCUUAAAUGGAGCUAAGCUGCACCCAAGGUAACCUUGCUUCUAGCUGCCAACAGACAUGGCAGCUCUGUCCAUGGUUCAGGCAGAAGGCAGUGUUCUUGGAUCAUGUUCUUCAAGGUCAUGUUUCUGUCUGGGGAGAUGAUGCAGUCUGGGAUCUAGUCAUAAAUUUAUCUGGAGCCACGUGGGUGUGGCUCACCAACAGGACCUAAGUAUUCCUUCCUUGUGAUGAAGGAAGCCGCACACAUCUGGAUUACAUUGUAGGCUCACGAACAAAAAACUGGUCCUGGGUUGAGCAGGUCACCUCAGAGUUCUAAAUCUCCACUGUAUUUUUAAGACUGAAGUUCUUUAUCUCAGAGGGGGGAAGAGCGCUUGCUUAGCAUUCCUGAGGCCUCAAGUCCAUCCUCUGCCUCACUUGGGGCAGGGUCACUGUUUACAUCACUACCGUGACAUUGUGUUGUUUUCAUAGCAAAGAAUACUCUAAAAUAGAUUGGGUGAGGCAUGAUGGCACACCUAUGUUCUAAGCACUCAGGAGCCUUGAGGCAGGAGGAUCAAAUUGAAGGCCAGGCUGGGCUGUGUGGAGAGAACCUGUCUCAGAGCCAGUGCUCAGAUUGGGCAGCAUCAGAGGUAGUGAUGAUGCUGCAACAUUUUCAGACCAGGUCUGCAUUUUGGCUGACAGACUAGGGUGAGUACUGGUGUUCUCACUCUCUCUAUAAGGUACUAAUACAAAAUCACACACAAGUGUCCAUGAACUGUGUCUUUUCCAAGGCUUUGUUUCACAUUUGUAUUUUGAUACGACAUGGAUGUGAGCAUCGCAGUUGUUUAAACAGAUGUCUGCUGCGCUUAGUGGUUGAACCUCUGUCUGCCUGAUGUCUGUGUAAAGUCUGUGCUUGGCUUUGAAUUGUAUGUUUACAUCUUACUGUUUUUAAAUAAAGAGAAAAUUUUAUGGUUA